UGACUCUGUAGGGGUGGGCAUCAUAUAGAAUGACUCUGUAGGGGUGAGCAUCAUAUAGAAUGGAGUGCACUUUGAGAAUCUACCAGACUUACUUGAAGCUGUGUAAUAGAGAUGGAUCAUAAACCAUAUAAAGUGAAGUCCUUUUAGAUUUGUGUGCUUACCUAUGGUAUAUGCUGUUGCGCUUUGUUUUUGCUGCAGCGACUGCUGUGUGCACCUGUGUAGCUAUCCCACCCCUUCGUUUAUUUUGUGCACACACAUGCACGUGCGCACACACCCACACAGCCUCCAGCCUCCAGCAGUGCAGUCUCCAACCCCUCAGCCGCCACCUCCUCGUCCAAUGCUCCCUCUCUCCCUCCCGCUUCCUCCGCUCCACCCUCCUCCUCUUCCUCCCAGCCACAGUCAUCUCUCCCUCACCCCCACCCUCCUCCCUCCACCUCAGCCUCAGCUACUGCCAUGAAUUAUCUACAGGUAUAAAACAUACUUCUAUUACAAUACAUUAUUUGUCAUAAGUCAAGACGACAAUUGGUUAGGUAACAGUGUUGUGGUGUUUAACUUUGACCCAUUGAAAUUAAUGCAAGUUCUUGUUGUAUGCAUGUGCGCAAGGGGCUGUGUGGCGAUGCAAACGCAGCCCGGCACAAGACUACUGCAUCAUAACUGAAGCUAGCAGAAGCGCACGGAAGAAUUCGCAGCCUGUCCCAUCGCCUGCCCCUCCUCCCACUCCACUCCUCCCUGCCUCCCCGGCAACCAGCAUCGGAAGCCCCGCCCACUCCACGGUCACUCCGGAAGAAAACGAGGCGUACCUUCGGACGCACCACGAGCUCCAGGUCUACCUCCCGCUCCUCACUCGCAUGAUGAACCGCACACUGAAGAAAGAGGGUGAAGACGCCCACAAGUCAGAGCAGUAUAUGAAACUCAAGAGCCUCCACAGUUUAUUGCAGGACGACAAGAAGAGGGUCCCUCUCCCGACUCUCAUCAAAUGCAAGACGGCCCUUGAGAAGAUGUUUGAGCAGCAGCAGCUGAGAGAACACCUGGACUCCACCUCUUCGCAGCCGCCUCCCUCCAACCCCCCUUCCGUCGCCCCCGCGCCCCCUGCGACCUCGUCCGCAGCGAACCACACCCUCGUCGACCCCUCAACCAAACCCCUCCCGGAGCCAAAAUCUCAGUCGCUACUAGAGUUCAAAAUGAUUCCUUCACCGACCCCAACACUAGGGAACCUCAUAGAGACAUGUACUGUCCGCUCACAUCCGUUCCCCGCUGACCGUCUUCCUCCCUCCAAGAGGAUGUGCAAUAGAGUUGAGCCAGCAAUAUCUCUCUGUCUGAGUAGAGAGAUUGCCCAUCUGGGUGGGGUCAAAGUUCACCCACUCCCCCAGGAGGAGCAGACCCGAGGGACCAUGCUAGAGUGCAGCAUCGGUCAGUCCACGCCUCUUUUCUCUUCCUCCCCCUCUCCUCUUUACUCCUUCUCUUCGUUGUGUGCACAUAAUAAUGUCAGAGUAUCCCAUAAUAUGGGAAAACUAUUAAUUUGUUCCAGCAGUGCACUUUUCGUUUCUGUUUCUUGCAGUUUUUUUCGUUGGUCUUGCGUUUUGAUUUUCUACAGUUGAGGUUCGUCUAGACUACAAUUUGCAUUGUUUGCGCUUGUGCUUAGACCAACAAGAGACGAAUAUCAACCAACAAAGGACGAAAAUCAAAUUUUAUGACCAACAAAAACGAAAAAAGUGCACUACUAUAUUAUUAUACCAUCGUAAAGAUUCUGAUUUCUGUUCACACAGUGGAUGAGGACCUGCCCAAAGUCCCCUCGCUAACCGUCCGUAUUCCUCCGGGGUACCCCGACUACUCCCCGGAGUGUGACCUGGAGUCGUACGGGGGAGGAGACCCCACCCCGCUCCUCUCGGAGGUCGGGAAGCUUCUGGCGGACACCCUGGCCUGCUGCUGUGACAGCUACAAACCCUCUCCUUCCUGCUGUCCAGCUGGGAGACCAGCCUUCUCAAGGCCCUCUCUUCCCAGUUCUGACAUUCAUUCCCCUCCUUCCCCUUUCUCCUCAUUUUCCUUCCCUCCCAACCUCCUUCACUCCUGAUGCCUGUGUAAUUAUAUACUCCCAUACGCAUGAACUCUUUUCUCUCUCUCUCCUUUCUUCUCUUCAUUUGGCAUAAUGCAUGUUUGCCCCUCUAAUAAAUUUCAAUCUGACUGUCGAACUAUAAUGUAGAACAAGUGCUACACGUUGUUUUAGCGAGCCAAUGGCAAGU